AUGGAGAUAAGAUUAGAAGUUUUGACAUCAACAAGUAUCAAACAGAAAAAACCCUGGCCUAGAAUUUCCUGGUUGGGACAGGAAAAUGAAGCUGUUUUUCUUUUGGAUGGUAAAUUCAUAAAUGAGAUUAAUUUGCUGUCAGGAAGAACAAAGAAGAUUCCUAGUCUGCAGACUUUGUUGAAGAAUGUUUUUGUCCUGACAACAUCCAGUAAUGAUGCCUGGUUGGCUGGGGUACUCACCACUGGGGAGCUUUUCCUUUGGAACAAAGAUCAAGAUUGUUUGAAAACUCUACAAGUAACUGAACAGCCUAAGGAAAUGAUAAAAGCCUCUGUAGGAAGCUCUUCAAGACUACACUUGUAUGUUUCUGGAAAUGGAAAAAGAGUUCUGCUUAUAGCACCUUCUGGAUGUGUAUUUCUUUGGGAAUAUUUGGAAUUAAAGAAUAUUGUAUCUUCAAAAAGCCUCAUAUUGGUGGGUCAGUGGUCCCAGAUCAUACCUGAAGAAGCAGUUCUUUUGCCUUCUACUGAUGAUAAAGAAGCUGUAGUGAAUGCUGUUUUUGUAGAAAAUGAGUUAUUUGGUGACUGCUGCCUGUGUUCAUUUACAUUUUAUUCUGGGGAAUGCCUGAAGUUAACGUUUCUAGCAAUUCGGUGGCAUGAGAAUGUAUUUACCCCUUUAAGGUCAUUGCCCUACCAUGUUCAUUGGGCACAACAGGAUUGUCUUCUGAGUAGUCUGAUUCCCACAUGUGAAUCCAUAAAGUCAAGAGGAGCACUAAUUUCUGCAUUUUCAAGAGAUGGCCUCACCCUAGCAGUAACUCUUAAUCAGACAGACCCAAAGGCAACUCAGGUAUUAUUUAUAAACACAGUGAAUUUUGUUACUCUCUGUGGUAGCCUUAAAGGAUGUAGUAAUAAGAAUCCUGUGGUUCCAGCUACACUUGUCAGGUCCUAUUGGGUAGGUGAUGUCAGCUGGACGCAUGAUAGUCUUUUCCUGGCUUGUGUGUUAAAACGUGGUUCCCUGCUGUUAUUGACCUGCCAAGGUGAAUUGCUAACAUUAAUUACAUUUGGUUGCUCUAUUGAAUUUGGGCCAGCAGAAUUUAUUCCUCUUCAUCCACUAAUAACAUAUAGACCACAGCACUUUACAUUUCAAGAUUCAAAUAAUUCUGUAGAUUCAUCAGCUUCUGAUAGUGACCCUAUGAGACAGAGGUUUUCUAUAAAAGCACAUUCACGGUUACCCUACUUCAUUAUUUCUGAUGGAUACAUGAUCACAACUCUUCGAUUUCUUGAUAACCUGUCUCCUUCAGUGCUCAUGAGAUCACUUCUACUUGAUUCAACCCAGAGGCUUGAGAAAACAUACCAAAAUGUGAUGUUGUCUAAGCCAAAAGGCAAAGGACUGAACUUGCAAUCACUGGAUUCCCUAAGGUCUAGCCUGUUAAAACAGCAAGGAAAUGAAAGUUCAGCUGAUUCUACUGUCCCCAAGUUUUUGCAAACAGAAGAAACAAUAAAGUUAAAUGAAAAAAAAGAUUUUCAGGACUUUGAAGCAGAAGAAACUAAUGAAGGCAAAUACUUUCCAAACACCUUAUUUCCUUUAUGCAGCCAAAAAAGUGAUCCUCUGUUUAUCAGUGCCAAGGAGGGAAGAUUGGAAUUUGCAUCUAUGUUUGAUACAAUACAUGCAAAGGAUGAUAUUAAGGAGACAGACAAAACCAUUACAGAACUGCAUUCUAUUCAGAAAAAUCUUCUUGCAGCAUGGACUGUAGGAAUUUCAAAAAAUGUGAUAGAAAAAAGUUUAAUGUUAAAUUAUACAGUAGUUUGUAUCACUCAUUUUUUCUACAUUCUUCAGUUUGUAAAGUGUCCUUUCCCAAAACUUAGUAUUUUUUUAAGCAAGAUCCCAAAACAUAAUUCAUGGGUACUUUGUAUCUUCCAACUUUUUCAUCAGUGUUUAUCCACCCAGUAUUGGGAUAUGAGAUAUAGGCAAGACGUGAGACAUUUGAUAAAACUGACCUCAAAUACUAUAAAGCUUUUGCUGACUCAGCAACAAAAGGGUCACUUACUCUCAGAGAACCUUUUUGCCUGCUUUUAUUUACUCAGAAUGGUAGCUGACAAUUUAAAUGGCAUAUAUCAACUUCAACCUGAAGUUAUUUCAGCAUCAGCUGAUGGAAGUAGAACAACAGAUCAAGACUCAUUGGUGGUAUCUAUUUUUCAAAUGUUUCAAGACAGUAGUUCUCAGGAAAACUGGUCUUGGAAGUCAUCUUUCAAGAUUCAUCCUCAAGUAACAAAUCUUGUUCAACAGCCGAGUCACAGAUUGAUUGCCCUCUGGAGAAUAUUGUACAAAAAAACUUUAUGGUAUCAAGCACAGUUAAGUCGAAGAAUUCCUGAAGGUGACAGACAGUUAAUUGAAAAUAUAGCAAAUGAAGCAUCUACUGUCAAAUCCUUGUUAUGUCAUAUACAGGCUAAUUUACAGACUGCUGGAGAUCACUUGAACCAGGCCUUAGAACUUACAUCAAUCCAUGGUGAAGAAUGUUUUCUGUUAGGAUCAUAUGAAAAGUCUAUUCAACUGUGGAAGAAAGCUCUAGAAGAAACCCAAGAGACAGGAGGAAGAAGGACCUGUUUUUUUCAGAUACGCUAUUAUCUCUCUCUAUUAUACUGCUACCUUUAUAGCUAUAAUUUAAAUGAUGCUCAAGGAUUAUGUGAUCAGCUAGUAAGAGAAAUACUGAGAUGGUCGCAACUACUUGUUAAAGAAAAUGAAGAUUGUUCAGACCCUAACCAGUCUGGCUGUGAGUCUGUGGUGUCUGGACGCGUCUAUCCUGAGGCUGCACUAAGAGUCAUCCAGGCCAUGGCUCGUUUCAUGGCUGCCUACUUCACCAAUCAGCUGCUUUGUAUUUUUCCUCCUCACAGUGUGAAUGUUCUUCCUCCACUUCAUAUUAAAACAGAGCAGUCUCUUCGACUUAUUCCUCUGCAACACUCCAAGGUGGCCAGUAUUGUUAGAGACCAGAAUCUUUCUAAUGUGUGGACAGUUGAAUAUGCCCUUGAAUUAUUGUUCAUUGGUGGCUUGGUUACAGAGGCUAUAUGGUUAGCAUAUAAACUUGGAGACUGGAAGACAUCUGUUGCAAUUGGCGUGGCCUUCCAACUCUUCUAUAAACAUGAUAGCAAUUUUGUGAGGUCCAAAAAAAAGUGUCCGAAGCUACCAUUAAAUAUGACUCCAGCUCACAUUUUUCAGAAAAAAUUGCAGUGUUUUUUAGGUCAACCAACCUCUUUGGAAGGAAAACAGGAAAUGGGCUCAAAAUAUAAACAAUUCACAGAUCCCAUUGAAGAGGAAGAUGCAAAUCUGCUAUUUGGUUCAGUACAAGAAGUCCUGAAAGCAUCAGUUAUGGCUGAUGUGGAUAUUCUUUCAGACACUUUACAGCAUCUGAUAGAUUCUGCCAAGGACUUCAGUAAGAGACUGUGGGGCUUAGUGCCUGCCGGCUUGUAUCUUCCAGCUCCUCCAUUAUAUUGUCCCCAGCCAGCUAUUCUUAGUGAAGAAGAUGGAGAUGAUCUUUUUGUAAAAGCUGAAAAAGACAAUCGCCAAAAGGUGUCUAGAAUACUUCAGAGAGUUCUCUUGCUCUUCAGGGCAACUCGGUGUUCUUUUCCUGUAGCACAGUGGUACAUUUUGCAGCUGAGGAGGGCAAGAAAAGUCAUGCAGAAGAUUCGAAUGAAAGGUUCUCUUCCAUCACUGAAUCCUUUCCCCCAGUCCUUACUUAACUACUGUAAAGGAGGAGUAGCAUUCUUCAGACCUGGAGCAACUGGAGACCACAAGCUUGAUGAAGUUUCCAUUAGAGCAAUUGGUUUCUUCAGAGAACUUUGUGCUUUGUGCUGGGUGCUACAUAUCCGUGAUAAAUUAUCCUAUAGUUGUAGGCAAUAUCAGAAAGCAAGAGAAAAUGUGAUGGGAGAAAAGGACUUUGAAGAGGAGUUUGAUUCCUGUAUGGUGGAGCAUUGUCUCAGUGCACUGGAAUGGGCUUAUAGAAUGCUACCUUUCUCUCGGUUUUUUAAUAUUGAAGAACUUAUUCAGGAUAUAAUUUUGAGCCUUAUUGGAGAAUUGCCACCAAUCAGAAAGGUGGCAGAAAUAUUUGUGAACGCAUUUCCCAAUCCUGAGGAAAUAAGAGUUCCUUUAAGAGAAAAGUAUCACUGUCUUCGACAGAGACUCAGACACUGUGUUGUAAAAGGUCCCCAGACUGAGGAAAUGAUGUCUGUUGUCAUGCAUUCUAUCCAUAAAGUGAGGGUAAAAGCUCUAAAACGUGUGCGGAGAAAUAUAGGUUCUUUUGAGAUGAAUGUAUGGGAACCAAUUGAAGAAGAAAAACCAGAUGAGACUGUGGGUUUGGAUAGGUUUUCUCUGGGGACUAGCCUGAGCAGAAGCACCCUCACAGAACUGGGAAAUUCUAUGAUCCAUAGUGAAGGAGAUACAGCCGAUACAUUCUCUGAAGCUUUGUUGGCUGAAGAAAAAACUAGGAUACCUUUCUGUCAAAGAAACUCCCCAGAUAACAUGGAAUUAACACUGAUUCAUAAGCCCAGUGAUAGAAAGAAAAUAUGUAAUCAGAGCAAAAACCCUAAAAGGAAAGAAGAUCACGAAAAGCUAUCACAAAGUACACUUCCUAUAAUAGGUAUUUGGGAAUUUGAGCGUGAUGAUGAUGAAUAUAUUAAAUUCCUUGAUCUUUUCUUGAGUUACGUUCUUGAAAGAGACCUUCUCAGUUCCAGAGAUCCUGUCAUUCCAUUUUUAACCAGCUUUUCUGUACAACUUAGAGAACAUGAGCUUAAUUCUUUACUUUUUGAUGUACAUACAACAUUAAAACGACGUCAGGGCAAAACUAAAAGCCAGAAUGUGUUUAGAGCUGGCUCUUGCUUUGUAGUUGCUCCUGAGUCACCUGAAUCUGGAAAAGCAUCCUCUGUAAGUGAUGGAUAUGCCAUAACUUUAGAAAACCACGCACUUUCGACUUCAGAACUUGUUAGUCAUGGGAUGAGACCUUUUUUAGAGAACCCUUUGCAUGAAAUCAGUAAAGAUGAAGGAAAGAGUGGAUUGUUUGGUUUAAAAAAAAAGUCAAUUUACAGAAUUCAAGAUGGUAAUCGAGAGAAACCUCUGAACCAGAGACCAUCAAACCAUAGUUUUUGGUCUUCCAAGACCACUAUAACUAGAAGACACAGUUUCAAAGCAGUUCAGUGCAAUGAUAUUAACCCUCAGGAAGAUCUCCCUUUGACAGUAAAGAAUGCAUUUGGUAGUAUAGGAAGACUGUUGGAGUGGAUGAUAAGGUGGUCUGAUCGAAGACUGCUCUGUGAUUCUGGUAUCACUCGGUCACCCUGUGAGUACAGUCCAGUAAUUCGUGUGAAGACUUCUGCAGCUGCCAUUCUUACCUCAUUAUGGCUUUUGGAGCAACCCUAUUAUUUUUCUACAUCUAAGGCAAAAAAUGCCAUUAUUAAGGAGCUAGAGAAUCAUAGUAAGUCUCAGAUUGGAUGCAGUAUGGAGAGGAGGAGGAGCAAAACUGAUGCUGGCUGUUUAGCUGUAGUAGCAACUCAAGGUGGAACUGAGGAAAGAGAUGAUCAGAAUGAAUUCUGUCAAAGUAUCUUGAAUGGAAAGCUGACUGAAGCAGAAAAUCCUAAAGUAAAAGAAGUCAAUGAUGAGAUUAUUUCCAUCAGUCAUAAUUCUGAAAAAGAAUUUAUAGAUACCAGUGAGAAUCUUUUAGAAGUAGAAACAUUUACACAGGAUGAAAUGGAUAUGCAUAUGUCAGACUGUGAAGAAGAAUCUGUUGGAGGUCUCAAAAGUCCCAAUAUUGCCAUUUACAUGCCAGCUUUACCACAGCAAUUGGAAGAGCAUCUGACAGAAGAGGUUUUGUGUCCAAGGGAAGAACCAUGGGAGGCAAAUAUGAAAGAAAAAUCAGUUGAACAGAAAGGUAUGACUGAAGCCUUUUCAAAUCCUGAACAUGCUGUUUCUCACUCGUUUUGUAUAGAUACAAAUUCAGAAAUUUCUAGUGUACAGAUUUCUGCAUUUAAAGGUAAAUCUCCUUCAUUUCUGCCCCUGGUAUCAACUGGAGUCAAUGUUGCUUCAGAAACACCUGUUCCAUCACCUGGGACGACCCAGAGAAGUGAACACAGGGCUCCAUUACCAGAUUCUUCAGAUUCUGUUAGACAAAUGCUCCAAGAUGAAAUGUUUAAAUUAGUUCAGCUGCAACAGAUCAAUUUCAUUAGUUUAAUGCAAAUAGUAGGAUCAUCUUUUGCUAACCUCCCAGAUGUGCAUCAACUUCUACAGCAGACUCAGAUUGAACGUUUGGGAACAAGCCAGGUUUCAAACCCUACAGGAGGGAGUGAUGAUGUUGAAGUCAACAGAAGUAGGAAUCUUAGUCAGAAAAUUUUCGUUAAACCACAGUCCAUGGGAGAGUACACCAGGGAGUCUGUCAAGAAUAACUCACAUGGCCAUGAAGAAAUUAUCCAUUCUGAUCAAAAUAAUAAUGGAAAUCUUCAGAAUGUUCCCCAUGGGAAUGUAUCUUCAUGUCAAGUAGAUGGCCAAUCUCAGAGGAUAGGACUCACCCUAGCAUCUCAAAGCUUAGCACCCCCUUCAAUUUCUCUAACUCCUGCUGGAAAUACUCCCUUCCAUCUUUUGUCCACGCCUUCUAAUGUCUGGAAGACACCUAGACUUAUCCCACCUGCCAAAACGUCCAGUCCUGAUUCUGGCUUUCCUUUGCUUCAGUUUGAGCAUAAACAUGAAUUCAAGCCCCUUUCUUUACAAGCAGAAAGAGUACCACACAUUCCCUUUCGGCCUCUGGCCCAGCCAAGAGAGGCUUGGGGGUUAUCCGGUGGCUUCCAGCCUCCUGUACCACAGGGAAAAAUACCCGCUACCUCAGGAUCCCACUCAAACUCAAGCCACUGCAGUACUGAAACCAUAAACAAAGCAACUGAGCAGAAGAAAUGGGCAGAAAGUGUAAUUACAGACAUUCCUAUGAAUGUGAACUUCAGUCAGUAUAUUGGAGAAGAAAACUUGACAUCUCAACAGGACUCUGUAAUAUUAAUAAAGCCAGAAAAACUCUAUGAUGCUAAGCAAGGGUCCCUUAAGAUAUCUCCUGAGAAUUCCUUUGGACUUCCAUUGUUGCACCUGCAAUUUAAGUCUCCUUAUAUAUUUUCAUCAGCCACAAGAGCAUCAAUUACAGUUCCCCCAAGACAUACUAGAACUGUAGCAGAAGAAAGAAAAUACCCACAACUGUCAUUAUUGCAAUCAUGUUUGUCCUCGGAAAAUAUGUGUAAGAAACCGCAGCUUAUCCCACUUGAAAACCUCAUUACGUUUAAACAAAGCCAGCAGAAACUAACACAUCAUCAUUUAUUGCAACAAGGGGAUUCUGGUUGCCUUCAGCUUCUCAAUAUCAAAGUAGAACCAUCUGGAUUAAGACAAGGAAAGAACAGUCACAAAAGGCAAAAAAGACGAACUGAGAAAGAGCUGCAAGAAAAAAGAUGCGAAAAACUUAGGACAAAAACAAGUGUGAGUUUCUGGCCAGAGGAUUCCUUCAUUAAUAAUGAUGACUCAGAAAUUGCCAUGAAACUCAGAGAACAAGAACAUCAUGUUUCUCAGCCUUUGGAUGAUUUCAGCAUUCCUCUUGAAAUGCUUAAAGAUGAUGUUAAUACUUCAGCGGGAUUGCACUUCAUGGCUUCUGUACAAAAGAAAGUUAUAGGAAGUCAGGAUGCAAGCACAAAUACAGAACCAGAAUAUGAACCUGUAACUGUUCCUCAGCUGUUGGUUCCAGAUGUACAUCUCAAUGUCGAACUUCCUACUAAAAUAUCAGAGAAAUCUUUGUCUCCUUCAGCACCUGAUAUGGUAAUAAAUUAGGAAUUACCUGUCAGAGCAGAGCCUUCAAAUGAGAAUGUUAUCAAACAGCAAAGUGAUCAUCUGGAGGUCCCAUCAUCUGCAGAGUUACAUUAUCUGGCAGCUUCAGUUACUAGUACUUUUCCCCCACACAACUGUAAAAGUCAAGAUCUACCAAGACCAAGAUUCCAGUUCCAAGAACAGAGCACAAAGUCAGACUCUGAAGAAAAUUAUCUGCUGUGGAAAGUGCUGCAGGAUGUCCCUGCAGCUCACCAUACUGCAGUUCGCCGUGUGCCAAGCCCUGCAGCUUGCCGACUUGAGUUUCUCACCACUAAGCUUCAGAAAAUUGAUGAACAGCUGUUAGCAAUUCAGAACAUUGCCGACAACAUAGAGCAGGAUUUCCCCAGACCUGAAAUGCUAAGUUUACAUCAUGAAAAGGUUGGAUUGAUGGAUCAUGUUGAAUCGUCUUCUGGCCCUGAAUACAAAAAACCAGCAGCUUCAAAAGCCAUCAGCAUUUCUGAAGAAGUGAAUUUCCUGACUCAUAUGGAUGAAGAAGAUAGAAGUGACAAAGAUGAGACUUCAGAAGCUGCAUUUUCGGUAAUGGAAAAUCAUUCUAGUCCGAAAACUUGUGUGUUCCUUUCUGCUGAUUCAGCUGUCAGUCUUUCCAGUGACCAGAAUACUUCUUCACCUGGUGUGAAUAACAGUGAUGAAUUAUUUGAAAGUAUUUCAGUAGAUCCACUCCAGAUGGCUGGAUUGACUGACAUUGCAGACAUUAUCAAUGAUCUUAUAACUAGAGGCGGAGUUUCCAGUAAAGAGCUUGGUUUAACAGAACAACAAGCAAGGAGUAUCUCCAGGAUUCAGCAUUCUUCUGGCAGAUGUCCACAAAGAACUGAGAAGGAGAGAAGAGAGAUUCGAGCCUGGAUGAAAAGAAAACGAAAAGAAAGAAUGGCAGAGUACUUAAAUCAGCUGGCAGAAAAGAGAGGGCAAGAACAUGAUCCCUUCUGUGCCAGAAGCAAUCCAUUUUACAUGACUUCAAAGGAAAUCAGGCUGAGACAAAAGAUGAAGCAUGAGAAAGAUAGGUUGCUGCUCUCUGACCACUAUAGUCGGCGAAUCACACAAGCAUACAGUCUGAUGAAUGAACUGUUAUCAGAAUCAGUACAACUGCCAGUAACUGCACAGAAACCAUCUCCUAACAAACCCAGCACUGCUUGGCAUUCUGGACACCAGUGCUGCCCUUCUCCAAGGAGAGAGUAUCACCAUGGGCAUAAUUUUCUGAUAAAUCAACCUGGAAAAGUCAAAUGUGUUUCAAAAUCAAGUCAUACCCAUAAAGGGCAAACACUUGAACCAUCUCAAGAUUCACAUUGGCGAUGUGGCUCUCAUGCUCCAUGUCUGCAGCAUACAAAAAAACAUAGAUGUGCUGGGCUUGCACCUCAAACAACGCAGGUGCGUAUAGAAUAUGAGAGAGAGGAGAUCAUGACGAGUCCCUGGACGUUACCUCCUGAAAUCCACCAAAUUCUUCAUGAGACUCCUGGUUCCCUUUCGCAGGACUUGUCACAGGAAGAGUCUGAGCCUCAUUUUGGGAUGGCUGGCAUGCACAGCAUGUCUGAGAGCACUGGCAGCAUCCUCAGCAAUCUUGACUGGAAUGCCAUUGAAGAUAUGGUGGCCAGUGUGGAGGAAAAGAGCCUGUCCGUCCGCUGGGCCAUGGACCUGUAAAGUCUGGACAUCAUUCUGUUUCCAAGCACCAGCAAGCAACUCAUUAAAGUGCUUCUGAAAGAUUUGGGGGUUUAGGAGAGGAACAAUGAAGGAAGCAAACUGAAUUCACCACCUACACCCAUAUUAUCUCCUGGAUUAGUCCUUUCAAGAGGGAAAAUAAACAUUUCUCAAUGAUUUUGUCUUCAUAAGGGCUGUUUAUAAUAGAUGUGCUAAGUCUUUGCAUUUGGCUUAUGUUUAGGCAUCAUUUAAAAACACAUAAGUACCUUUCAAGCCAUGUUUGCAUAAUAAACUACUUUCAGUAAAAAUA